AUGUCUUGGAUAAUUCGUUUACAACGUUUACCGUUAUCUGCGAAUGCAGCAGACAUUCGAAGUUUCUUCGCCGGACUACGGAUACCGGAUGGUGCGGUACAUAUUGUUGGUGGGCCAGAUGGUGAUGCUUUCAUUGGUUUUGCCACUGAUGAAGAUGCUCGUCAAGCGAUGCGUUUCGAUAAUCGGCGCAUACAUGACCAACGCGUACGUUUGCUGUUGUCAUCACGCGUUGAGAUGGACGCCGUCAUUGCAAAAGCUCGUGCCGGGGACCUGAAUGUCGUCGGGGUAGCGUCGGUUGCAUCCGUUGCUACUUCAUCGCUUAGACGUGAUAGUUCUCCGGCAGCACGUCCAGGCGGCGUCCAAGUUCCGCCUGCUUCUACAGCGGAUAGUUUUGGAAAUCAGCGUGUCGCUCAAUCACAGCCGGCUGCUACAGACGUCUAUGCAACAAGAAAUGGCGGACAUGGACAACAAGAUUAUGCAAGAGCUAAUGUAUCAGAGGAUGCUUGGAAUCGUUCAUCCGAUGGUCCUCUGUCAGAUUCCUGGAAAAAUGGUUCCCAGGGAAGUUACGAACCUCGUACAAUAAAUCGUCAAGUAACAACAACAACACAAUCACAACUAGGACAUUCAAUUGGACCAUGGCAAGAUCCUAAAAUGCUUAAUGUAUUGGGACAAACUACACAAUCCAGUUCUGUGUAUCAACAGUCUAAUCGUGACGAACGAUUCAGUCAGUAUGACCAAGACAAUAAUUUUCAAGGUUAUAACGCCAGCGUGCAAGCAGUAGUAACAGCAACAGUUGCUUCCAGUGCAAUUACGCAAGUUCCUCCGAUAUAUCAGCAAACUAAUGUUGCUGCUCCUGCAGUACUUUCGGGUCAAGUCCUGCCAUUACCGCCGUCAAUUCCGGGCCUUCUUGUACCACCACUAUUGACAAAUACUUUACCGGCCAGCGCUGCUACUGCCACUCAGCCUGCAUCUGGGUUAGCAAAUGCUCAUGCAUUUGUUGCACGAUACACUGGACGCAAUGGACCAGUAUUCUCAGCUUUGUCAACACAGCACAGUUUGGCAGACGAUAAACAGAACUGUUAUGUGGAACUCAGUCGGCUCCCAUCAGAACUUUUGCGCCCAGCAGCUCUUGAACAAUUCUUGCGUCCAUCGACACCCCUCACACUCUCAUCCGUCAAAGUUGUUUUCGAUCCAAAAGGUUUCCCAUUGCAUUCGCUAGUGCGUUUUGAGUGUGCGAAAGAUGCCAAAAAUGUACUGGAAAGGGAUGGAGAACAAGGCAUAAGGAUCCGUUCUUGUCCGAAGGAAGUAUUCGAUAACGCAGUAGAUGGCAGUCUGCAAAUUCCGCCAGCUUUCUUACAUGGCACAAAGGAAGCAGAUUAUAACGAAGAAAGAAAUUCACGUAUAGGCGCUUCAUCACGACAUCACCGUAGUCCCGAAAGACGUGAUUUUGAUGGGAGGUAUGAUGAACGUCCCCGUACUUUACGUGACCACGAAGAUCGUUAUCGUGCUUCACGAUACGGCCGCUCACGUUCACCGCGAGAUUAUCGGGAUUAUCGUGACGCAAAACGACGUGGAGUUGAUCCCGGUCGUUAUUGUAUCGAAUUUACCAAUUUGCCGUUUCGGGUAACCGAAGCGGAAAUCCGAGAAUAUCUUGGUCCACGUUGUGAGCCAACAAAAGUGACUCGGGCUUAUAAUGAAGACGGUCAAGCAUCAGAUCGUUGGAUUGCUGAAUUUAGCACAUUUGAUCUGGCAGAAAAAGCGUAUCGUGUGCGAGGUAAAAUCAAUGAAAGACCAAUUCGUGCAAGGAGGAUAACAAACGAAGACGCAGACCAGAUGUUGGCAGUACCAGACAGAUUUGGACGCCAAAAGAAGGAGGAAUAUGAACGGAAACAUGGAAGCGACUCAUCAAUUGCUCCACUUCUUAAUCUACCAAGUCGAUCUGCUGAAAUAGGUCUUCAUUUUCAAGAUCCUUCCAAAGGUCGUGGUAGCCGAGGACGAGGAGGAUUGUAUCGAGGUGGUCUUAUUCAUGGAUAUCACGGUGAGCGUGAAGUUGGAGAUGCGCUGUCUUCUAAUAGUUUGAAUGGAACAGCUAGCUCAUCAUCUGUGGCACCACCUCGUUUUCCAACCUUUCGUCUACAUGGAGGUCUUUUGCCAGGAAGCCGAUCUCGCCCACCGCUUAUCUCUCCACCUACCUUUUUCGGAAACACAACACCCUCAACAAUACGACAGCGUGGUCCACCCCCUUCAGGUCGUGGCCCUCCUCUACUUCGUGGCCCACGUCCUCCUAUACUUCAUCCACCAAAUAAUGGACCAGCGGGACCGAUUCCAGCCAUUCCACCUCCAAGUGUGAAAUCGUGCUUAAUGAUCGAAAACGUUUCUGAGAAUGAAACUGAUGCAGACGUUGCCAAGUUCUUGCAGCUAAAUCAGGUAGCUCAAGCAACAUUACGUCGGGCAGCUGAUGGAAUAUUCUACGUUGAUAUGGGUACCAUGGAUGAAGCGACGAAAGCAGUGCAAAUAUACAAUGGUUUGAAGCUUGGUGAAAAUACCAUCACACUCACAGCAAUUACCCGACAACAGAUGCAUUUCGGUGUUGAUAAGAAAGUUGAAUCGGUAGAAAUGUUGGAACCGGAACUGAUUGCAUCCGUAGGAGAGCCAGGUACAGUCAUUAGUUGUCAUGGUUUUCCGGCAAAUGUCACCUUGACUGAUGUGGCUCAGUUCUUCGACAAAUAUUCGCUGGUGGAAAGUUCCGUGAGAAUAAAGCUCGAUGAUAGUGGAGUACCAACGGGCGAAUGUCUCCUAGCUGUCGGCUCACCGCAGGAAGCGAACAAAGCCGUAAUGCUAUUGAGUGGUCGGAAGCUCGCUGGUUCAACUAUAACAAUGUCUGUUGUUCGAGCAGCUACAAAACAGUAG